UCAUGUGUGGGCAUCUAGGGACCUUCAUAGUUGCACAGAAUUGUCUAUUCAUCUAUUGUGUCGUUCUAUCCAAUCCGAUUACCGACAUCCCAUGCAGUUACGCUGGUGUUAGCUGAGAGUAUAGAAGUCAUAAGUGGAUCGACGAGUGUUUCAUUCAACCUCACAGGAUAUCCUGAAAAUAAAAUAUUAUGGCAUCCCAGCUUUCUUUAAAUGAAGUGGUAAUUGCGUCGGCUGUGAGAACGCCCAUAGGAUCUUUUAAAGGCACCCUUUCUCCUCUAUCGGCUACACAAUUGGGUGCUAUCGUUGUCAAAGCAGCUGUUGAAAGAGCUGGCAUACCAAAUACCGAAGUUAAGGAGGUUAUCAUGGGUAAUGUUUGUUCUGGAUAUCUUGGACAAAAUCCAGCUCGGCAAGCAGCUAUCUUUGGUGGUCUUUCACAAAGCACAGUUUGUACAACAGUCAACAAAGUGUGCGCUUCAGGGACAAAAGCUGUUAUAUUAGCAGUGCAAUGUCUUCAAACGGGAACUCAAGACAUUAUCCUUGCAGGUGGGAUGGAAUCAAUGUCAAACAUACCUUAUUAUUUGAAAAGAGGUGAAAUUCCUUAUGGGGGAACUCAGUUGGUUGAUGGUAUUUUACAUGAUGGUCUCACAGAUGUUUACAACCAAAUCCACAUGGGAAAUUGCGCAGAAAUUGUAGCUAAAAAACUAGAAAUAUCAAGACAACAACAAGAUGAAUACGCAAUAAACAGCUAUAAGAAAAGUGAAGCUGCAUACGGAAUAAAGGCUUUUAAAGAUGAAUUAGUACCUGUCACAGUACCACAGAAGCGAGGUGAUGCAAUAAUAUUUUCAGAAGAUGAGGAGUACCAUCGAGUUGAUUUUGAAAAACUUAUUAAUUUACCAACUGUUUUCGAAAAAGAAAAUGGUACAGUAACAGCAGGCAAUGCAGCAUCGCUAAAUGAUGGUGCCGCUGCUUUGGUAUUAAUGACCGUUGAAGCUGCUCAGAGACUGAACGUAAAGCCACUAGCUCGUAUAGUUGGAUACGCGGAUGGCGAAUGUGAUCCUGUUGAAUUCCCGAUAGCACCCACGAUUGCUAUAUCUAAAUUACUUCAAAAAACAAAAAUUCCAAAGGAAGAUGUAACUCUGUGGGAAAUAAAUGAAGCCUUCAGUGUAGUAGGAAUAGGUAAUCAGAAGCUUCUGGAUCUGGAUCCUACUCUGAUUAAUGUACAUGGUGGAGCAGUUAGUUUGGGACAUCCUAUUGGUAUGUCAGGUGCUCGUAUUGUAGGGCAUUUAUGUUAUGCUUUGAAGAAAGGUGAAAAAGGUGUUGCUACUGCAUGUAACGGAGGUGGAGGUGCUUCUGCUAUUAUGAUUGAGAAAUUGUAAAAUAGAAAAAAUGUUAAAAAAAAGUAAUUAUAAUUGUAUUAUAUUAUAUAUUACUGUAAUAUAUUACUGUAAUCACUGUAUCCAGUUUACAUCGAGAUUGUACGUUUAUAUUUACAUAUAAUAAUAAUAAAAAAAAACAACCGACUUCAAAAUCACAUAAAUGUAUCCACUAAACUAAAAAGCAUAAAUUAAUAUUGUAAGUGCUACCUUCUGAUCAAUUUUAAUCUGGCCGCGCGUUUUUUGUUCUCGCAUUAUAUUUACUUGUAUAAAAUGACCAGAUGAAUCCACGGUCAGAGGCUCUAUAUGUAUAAGAAUCCCCCGGCCGAAGGCCGGUUUAUGGUAAAGCGCGGCCGUAGGCCGCGCGUUUUUGUUCGUGUAUUAUAUUUACUUGGGUAAAAUGACCAGCCGAAGCCACGGCCAGAGGUUCUAUAUCAGAUCUCCGGCCGAAGGCCGAUUUAUGGUAAAGCAUUAUAUUUACCGUUUUUGUUCGUGUAUUAUAUUUACUUGGCGCGUUUUUUGGUCACGUGUUAUAUUUACUUGGAUAAAAGGACCAGUCAAAGCCACCGUUGAGGAGUUUUCUUAACUGUCCUUAGUUUUCAUCAUCAGACCAUUAAUAACAGCCACAACCUAUCUAGUUGGAAAAUUCUCAUCAAUACAAAUUAGUCAUGCCCAAUCACAAGGUAGCUAUUGUAAACCGUUGAGGAGUUCCCUAAACUGACCUUCGUCUUCAUCAUUAGAACCUUAAUAAUAGUAACAACACAUCUAGGUGGAAAGUUCUCAUCAAUACAAAUUUAUCAAGCCCAAUCACAAGGUUGCUGCUGUAAACCGUUGAGGAGUUCCCUUAAGUGUUUUUAUCUCCAUCACCAGACCCUUAAUGACAGUCACGACCCAUCUUAAUGUAAAGUUCUCAUCAAUACAAAUUAAUCAAACCCAAACACAAGGUAACUACUGUAAACCGUUGACGUGUUCCCUUGUCAGUGAUUCGGCUCCAUCAUCAGAUCGACUCCAGACCUUCAGUAAGUUGUAGUGCAUUAAAAUACUUUAUGAAAAAAUAAGGAAACGCAUUGGCUGCUCCUACAAAUUUCAAUAGUUUCUCUCGAUUUCUCCAGGAUUUCAUCAUCAGAUCCUGGUUUCCUUAUCAUGGUACCACCCUCGAAACAUCUCCUUUCCAACCAAAAAAGAAUUAUCCAAAUUGGUCUAUAAAUGACGAAGUCAUUUCCAGUUUGUGACUGUUAUGGUCCGUCUACUGUCUUUAAUUCUCGAUAUUAGUAAUUUACGAAAUAAUUCUAAUAAUAAUCGAAAAUUAUUAUUAGAAUUAUUUAGUUAAAGUAAGUAAAUUAUCGUAUUUUUAAUAAUCGAGAGUUAUUAUUAGAAUUAUUUAGUUAAAGCAACGUAAAUUACUAAUAUCGAGAAUUAAAAACAGUAGAUGGACCAUAAAAGUCACAAACUGGAAAGGUCCACCAGGAAAGAGAAGCGUCGGCAGACCAACAAAAAGGUGGGCUGAUGACAUCAUUAUCAAAACGGGGCGAGAAUGGAAAUGGAUGUCUCUCGCAAAAGAUAGAGAUUACUGGAAGAAGAAAGAGGAGGCCUUCACCCGAACGGGAUUCACAUCACAAGACGAUAACUAACCAUACUAACAUUAGAAUAAAUAUAUAGAUAUAAUUAUAAUUUAAACUUACACACCUAACAAACGUUUGAAAUGUAAAUUGAUGUGGAAAUAAAAGGCUUUAUUAUUAUUAUUA